GACCAUCUGGUACCGUCGAGCGGCCUUUUCAAGGCGAAGUUGAGCAAAACCCUCUCCCUUCCGUGAACAAGCUGCACAAAGGCAGGUCCAUCUUAUCUCCGAUCAUCAUCUGACUAAGGGAUGAGUCAGCAUCCAGAGUUGGGCACCCACCCCGCCUUAGUGUCAAUACAAUUUGGUCUUGCCCCUCCAGUAGUUUUCACGCGAACAGUCUUUUACCCAGGAACCCCCGAUCAGGAUAACUGAGGUAAGCUACAAAAAGAGAGGUGAGUAGAAUGAGUUCAAUUUUCGGAAUUAGGUGACUGAGCUUUUACACUAUUAGUAGAUGGCCCUGCUGUCAACAACCAGCUGAUACUGACUGGAUACUGGACGUUCUCGACGAGCUAGAUAACGCGCAAAUGGAUGCCCUGGCAUCUUUUCUCGAACGAGCAAGCUGGACAGAAGACGGCGAAAAUCUGUAUUUUUGCAAUGACACAAACCUAGAACCCAUGUUGAUAAAGGCUGCAAAUGAUCUUCCAGACUAUCUUCGUGGCUACGGAUUUCAGGCUUGGAAGGUUCUGGGAAGAACGAGGAUACAGGCAACGAAUGGAUACAUCAUUCCUAUAACUAUAAUUUCCAGCCAACCCCGCCUGUUAUCCGAAGUAUCACAGCCGCUUCUGCUUCCGCGAUCUCCGGUGCGCUUUGAUAAGGAGCCUCUGAUUACGCCAGCACUAUACCUGAUUCUCGCACUCCCUCCCGCAUGAUCAUUGUUAA